UCUAUGGGUAUAGAUGACAGCCCUCCCUGAGAGGGAGACCUGCCCUGUACGGGAGGAGUGGCACGUGCUUUGGUUUCACUCAGCCAGUCCAACAGACCUUCAGGCAGGUAGUUCGGGAUCCUAGCCUAUUGAAAUCAGCUUUAUUCUCGCUGUUGGAACUAUAAUCAAAUCCCGAGGUGUCGCCAACAGCUGUUAUUAGGAUUAUUGGUGAUUCCACGGUGCACCACGGUGUGGAAUACACUGCCAGGCAGCGCGUAAAGGCUCCAGGAUGACACCAUUAGACGGACAUCAAGCGGAGGAACAGGACUCGCAGAGCAGGAGGACUGCAGAGUGUCCCGUGUGUUAUGAUAGUCUCUCCUGCACGGAGAGGACCCUGAGCUGCGGACACGUUUUCUGCCACGACUGUCUGGUCAAAACCUUGGUCAGUAUCAACAGGGACAGCGUCAUCAGAGACACCAUCAUCUGUCCCGUCUGCCGACACCUGACUUUCAUCAAGAAGCAACAGGAGGUUGGGGUUCCUCUCGCCCCGGGGAAAGAGGCYGAGGAAGGAGGCGGGCAGACCUUGAAGGUCCCUGUCCCUYCACCAGAACCUGGUAACCCACAGCAUCACCAUGAAGCACGGCGCACGUCAGGGCAUAGUAGCUCACCGUCUGAUUCAAGUGGACUGAGCUGGAUUGUGAGACGCUUUAGGUGGAUUUCAGAGAGAUGCAGGAGUCGAAGGAUACUAUCACUGAUCAGUCCCGACCACAGAAACUCUCAGAUUUUCAUCAUCAGUGCCCAGGGCCGACCCAUGGCUGAUGAAGAUGCGGUUAGCCUGGACACUAUGCCUGUUGUUCCCCAACCCAACCGCAGGAGACGGCGCAUCAAGAUUUGCACAACGGCACGUUGCUUGGUCGUUCUGCUUGUGAUAUUCACAUUGAUGGCAAUGGUAGCUGCCACACUUCCUUGGAUUAUAUUGGCAUAGCCCACAAAGCCAGAGCCAUAUGGCUGUAGCAUAUGCAUGGUGCGUCAUUACGCACUACUUGAUCGUCAUUACGCACUAUUUCUUGUUAUUGUAUGGUCUAAUUUUCUCUUCACUCAUGCUCUCAUGAAGACAAUUUAUUGCACUUAAUUAACUGAAACAUCUCACUUUGUCCAUUCUGUCAAUACAUAUACACUAUAUUGUAGUGCCAUAUAGUUUGAACUUGUACAGCGUGUUCCUUGUAUGCAUGUUUGUCCUCAAUGCCCUGGACAGGAUCUAGCUAAGUCACUGAAUGAAACAGGACUGGUUCAGUCACUCUGGUGACUGCAAUAAAGUGUGUGUUUAUGGAAAAGGCAUUGUCUUAUUUCCUAAAUGUAUACACUUUAUGAUGGUGAUUUGGUUAAUAAUGGUUGAAAUAUUGGUCCUAAGAUCMAAAGAAAAGGAGKCCCCUGUGAACAUGCCUCCAUAUUCACCCAUUACCAUAGGUCUAUAACUACCCCUGCUCACCAUAUAACUGCCCCAUAUGUUGUUGGCAACAAGUCCUGAAUAAAGAACGGUGAGGGUUGCAAUCCCAGCACCUCUCAUGGAGA